AUGAUCGCCGCUGCAGCGUCAGCUUUCACUGCUCUCACUUGGUAUCAGGUGUACUUUGAACAGCCUUGUGUUUGGUUAGAACUAGUCUUGCACAAGACGGGUGGGGUAGAGUGGUCUGUGUUUGUACAGACAAGGUGAAGUCUCCCGUUGUAAUACAUGCUCAGGCAAAGGAGGGGCGUGAAUGGAAUCUUUUCCUCGAGAAGAACGCACGCUUAAGGAUUACCCACUCUUUGCAAAUAGCUGAUUUGAAUGGUCAAACCACAAUGGAGGCAAUCAGUGGCACCACAAAAAUCCUGGAGAAGGGGCCUGAAUACCUCCGAAGGCAAAUGGAACUGGAGAGCGAGACGAAGGGACGCAUGAGUGCGGUGGAGAGGCUCGCUGCGACCAAACUCAAAUAUGUCAAAAGCAAGCUGGUGGUCAACUCCACUCAGGAGCCGUUCGUCAGCCUCGGCUCGGCCUCUGUGAGUAGCGCUGGAUCUUCAAACCUCAGCUCGAAGCGCGGUGAGAAUCUCUGCGUCGGGAGCAACUCGAGAGCGGCAACGCACGCUGCUCAAAUCGCCAGCUCGCCGGGGCAGGUGCGUCGGUCCAGCUCCAAAAAGCGACGGGACUCGCUGCUGUUUUACAGGCAGAAAUGCGAGUUGCUGACAACGUCGGCGAGCGACCGGAAACACCAUGUAAUACCCAAGCUGCUGCUGGGCUCCGUGCACAAAAGGGCGCCGUUACCUGGUUCAACAGAAAAGGAGUGUGAAGGUGAGUGCAACAAGGAGAAGGUCGUCCCACCUAUGGGGAACAGAAAGGAGGAGGAAUGGAGCAGCAGUGCAACGCAGCACAGAAAACAGGAGUACUGGGGUCAAAGGACAACGGGAUCUGUGAGAAAAUCUGGCCUCCUAACAGUUCCCGAGUAUGAAAAGAGGUCCGGCAAAGGGGUCGGUCGGUCUCACUCGGACAUCAGCUCCAGGUACUCCAAAAGCUUUGCAGACGUUGAUGUUUUUUUCAAGUACUGUGGGCUGGGCGGUGAGGUCAUUGAGUCUUUGGGGAAGGAGAACUUCUCGGCGCGCUCAGAUGAAAGUGUCAGCCCUUCCACGUCGGACAAUUGCUUCUCCAGGAACAGCGGGGAAAGCGACGGCCUGCUGGAAGACGAGUUACUUGAAAAGACGAGUCAGGGGACGUCGGUUAUUGAGCGCAACGCGAGGGUCAUCAAAUGGCUGUACAGCUGCAAAAAUGCUGUAGAAACUGGAAAGACGUUAAGAGACCUGCAUUGAGAUGCCGACCUCGACUGUUGAAGAGUUGAUAAUAACCCCUUGCUUUUUUCUGUGAUUUUGUUUAUCUUUGCCAUAAUAAUCGUUUCAUUGUGUCAUUUGGUUUCUGGGCAUACUGUGUGUGUGUGUGUGUGUGUGUGUGUGUGCGUGUGCCAAUUUCAGCAGAAACGUCUGGGAGGAAUGACACUACUUUAGAAACUUGCCUUAACGUUGUGUGUUACAUAAAUUGCACAGAAAGCCCCCCGUUACACACAGAAACAUGGCAGCUGUUAUGAUCUAAACAUGUUUAUCUGGAAAAUAUGUAUUUUCUUGUGGUUUACUUUAUUUAUCAAACUGUGCGAUCUUUACAGCACAGCUGCAACUUCAAGAUCCAACUUGCGUUAAAGAUCCAAAAUUCUGACACACAUGGAGACAAUAACUCUUUUUCUGAGGAUAAAAACAAUCAAAAGACCAUUAGUGGCCUAUAAAUGGUCUACAAAUACACUUUCAGGUUGCCUGGGCUAAAGAAAGAUUUGUCAUUUUCAACAGCACCACACAGGGGCAAACGUGUCAAUGGCAAACAGAGGAAACUGCACAUAAUGCUUUUAUAUUCAUAGUUGUAAAUGAUCUGCAAAACCAACAACAACUGAAACUCUGCUUCUCUCUGACUCCUCUCUCUCUCCACUCAGAAACAAUAUUUAUGUUUCGGCAUAUACUCAUUACUCAGCUGCACCCAUAUUUUAAACACGCCUUUCCCCUUUGCAGAAGCCUGGCGGACACAUUCGUAUCAAGACAAGUCAUGUCGUGCCCUCUCUCGUCCUUUGCUUCUUAGAAGUUGAUGAUUCCAUGAGAGAAACAGCUAUUUAACGUUGCAUUCGUGGUUCAACCUACAGGAAUGUACAGUACAAUGUAUAAUAAAUGUGCAAUGUGUAAUAAUUGACUGAAAAUACCCUGCUAGCAUUGCGUAUUAUUUCUUAUUAUAUUGGAAUUUGUAUUAUGUAAAAUGACUAUUACCACCCCAACCAGUGAGACUAUGGUUAUGCUGCUGCCUGUGUUUUACAGUUAAGUAUUUUGCUACACAAAUAAAGUUCAUAUUUUUCUUACAUA